CAACGCGAUUAAUUUAUAAGAUCUCUCUUUAUUUGAAAAUGUACGUUAAACAUCCUCGAUUUUGUUAUUAUUUACACAAUAUGUUUUGGAGUAUGUGCAUUUUAUUUUCGUCACUACACGUGAUAGCUGGAUAUGAAUUGACUGUGUUACACACAAAUGACGUUCAUGCUAGAUUUGAACAGUUUAACAAAUACGGAUCUGAUUGUUCUGAUAACGAUGCGAGAGAUGGGAAAUGUUUCGGAGGCAUCUCAAGGAGGUCUACGAAAAUUCGUGAAAUACGUGAAAGUCAUGACAACGUUUUGCUUCUUGAUGCUGGUGACCAGUUUAUGGGAACAACUUGGUUUAAUGUUUAUUCCGGAAUGGCUACAUCAUUUUUCAUGAAUAAAUUGGGAUAUGAUGCAAUGUGUCUUGGGAAUCAUGAAUUUGAUCUCGGAGUUGGACCGCUCGUGACGUUUCUAGACAAAGUCACGUUCCCUGUAUUAAGCGUCAACACAGAUAUAACGAACGAGCCUCGUCUAGAUGGGAAGUUUUUAAAAUCUGUUGAAAAGUCUGUUGGUGGGGAAACAAUUGGAAUUAUAGGAUACACCACACCUGAAACACCACAAAUUUCGAAACCAGGACCAACUGUCAAAUUUAAUGGUAUUCUUAGAACGGUACGUGACGAAGUGCACGCGCUUGAAGCAAAGGGAAUAAACAAGAUAAUAGCUCUAGGACAUGCUGGUUUUGACAUGGACAAACAAGUAGCGGGUAUAGACGGUGUUGACCUUGUGAUCGGAGGUCAUACCAACACAUUUUUAUACAAUGGAAAUCAACCGGACAGAGAAGAGAUAAAAGGACCAUAUCCGGUUGUUGCUGACCAGCCAGGGGGUGGUAAAGGUCUGGUGGUUCAAGCUUACACCAUGGGAAAAUAUCUUGGAUAUCUUAAUCUGACUUUUGAUCAAAAUGGAGUGGUGACAAAAUAUUCAGGAAAUCCUAUUUUACUGGAUUCAAAUGUUCCUGAAGAUUCUGGAUUACUGUCUUACAUUCAAGAUUGGAGAAUCCCGGUGAAUGAUUUAGCUAAUGAAAUAAUUGGCUUCUCAAAUGUACUUUUAGACUCACAAAGUUGUAAUAGAAAAGACUGCAACCUAGGUAACCUAGUAACAGACGCAAUAGUUGAUUACCAUGCCAACUUCUCCCAUCCUGAGUCAAGGUGGGCCCCAGCAGCAAUAGCCGUUUGGAAUGCGGGUGGUAUAAGAUCUUCUAUUGACAAAGGACAAAUUUCCGCUGGAGAAGCAAUGGCUACUAUGCCAUUUGGGAAUGAGUUAGAUGUAAUCACUGUAAAAGGCAAGGAUUUAAGACACCAGCUCGAACUUUCCGUGAAAGAAUGGGGUAAAAACGGCGGAACUAGCCGCUUCCUACAAAUGUCAGGUCUACGUGUUGUUUAUAACACUGGCAAUCCGGUCGGAAAACGUGUGGUAGAUGUUAAAGCUCUAUGUUUAGAAUGUGAAGUACCGAGUUACUUCCCGUUGAAAGACGAUGAUGACUACAGAAUAUUCGUGUCUUCAUUUAUGCUCGGUGGUGGGGAUGGAUACAAUUUUAAACCUCUUCAAAGGAAACGUUUCAAUACAUUAGAUCUGACAGUGGUUAUCGAGUAUUUUAAGAAGUAUAAACCAGCGUUUCCGUCAUCUGAAGGGAGGAUACAGUUUACCUCACUACCAACAACAACAUCAGCUUCAUCAGCGAGAACUCCAUCGGCUCUUCUUAUCAUCUUCUAUUUAUUAAUAUAUCUUAUCAGAAUGAAUGCACUGUAAACGCUAUAAAGAUUCGAGAUAUUUUGAAAUAUUUGCUUAGCUUGCUUGUGUGAGAGCGAGGUCCUACUUAACCAUAUUGCGCUUAUAUUUCAUAUAAUAGAAUAACAAAAUAUGCUGUUUUGUAUUAGCUAGAUGUAUAUGAUUCUGUUUUAUUUUUAUAAAUCUAAUUAAUAAAUUCAGUAAAUAAAAUGUCUACUGUUGAUAAUAUGGUUCAAUGAUCAAUUAUAUUAAACUUUCAAGUGAAAACCAUUCCAACAAACUUAUUAAUGAGUUAAAUGUACAUAUCCUCUUACCUUGUGAAUUUCCGUUUUAGUAUAUCUAUAAAUGUUUGUGUUUUUUCAUGUUCCCCCCUGUAAAUCAUUUUUAUUUAGAUAUUAAAAGCCUGAUCUAAUAUAAACUACCGCCGAAAAAACGGAGAUAAGGUCGGAACCGUAUGACUUUUUUUUCUACUAGAAUUGUUUGUGUUUACCUAUUAAAAUAAGCGAUUAUUCAUAUUUUUUUUAAGAAAAUAAAUAAUAUCGUCACCAUUUAACAUUGAUU